AUGGUCGAGAAGAAACUUCCCCAGGUCCCUGAGACUGUCUUGAAGAGAAGGAAACAGAGAGCUGAGAUUAGGGCUAAGAUCAUCCAAAACAAAGUCAAGCUAGCUGCUAAGAGCAAAGAAAAGAGAGCAAAGAUCUUCAAAAGAGCCGAGAAGUAUGUGGCUGAGUACCGCCAAGCUCAAAGAGAACAACUCCGCUUGAAGCGAGAUGCAGAGAAGAACGGCGACUACUAUGUUCCCGAUGAACCCAAACUCGCUUUUGUUGUCAGAAUUCGUGGUAUCAACCAGAUCCACCCACGCCCACGUAAGGCCCUCCAAGUGCUUCGCCUGCGUCAAAUCAACAAUGGUGUCUUCGUCAAACUGAACAAGGCCACUCUUCCCCUCCUCCGCAUUGUGGAGCCAUACGUUGCCUGGGGUUACCCGAAUCUGAAGACCGUCCAUGAUCUGAUUUACAAGCGUGGAUUUGCCAAGGUCAAUCACCGACGAAUUCCGAUCACUGACAACAACAUUAUUGAGGAGGCCCUUGGCAAACAUGAUAUUAUCUGUAUGGAAGAUCUUGUUCACGAAAUCUACAAUGUCGGACCCAACUUCAAGGCAGCAUCCAACUUCUUGUGGCCCUUUAAACUGAAUAACCCUACCGGAGGCUGGACGAAGAAGACUAAUCACUUCGUCGAGGGAGGUGACUUUGGAAACCGAGAGGACCAGAUCAACAAGUUGCUAAGGAAAAUGAUCUAA